ACCCCCAGACAAGAAUGUCUUCAACUCCUCCAAUUAUCUCAUCUUUGCUUUACUAGAAGCGCUCUCUCUCUCUCCCCCUCCUCCCUCCCUUCCCCCAUUUCCAACUCCUCCAAGAAUCUCUCUCUCUCUCUCCCUCCCUCCUCCCUCCCUUCCUCCAUUUCCAACUCCUGCAAGAAUCUCUCCCUCUCUCUCUCCCCCUUUCUCUCGCUCUCUGAACUGAUUCUUGAAAAACCCACAAAACAAGAAUGUCUUCUUCAUCUCCCCCAAAAAAUCCAUCUCCAGUAUCAUCAGGAUCUGCAUCUCCAGAUUUUGGAUUAACCGAAGCAAAGUCAGAGAAUGUUGGUAAUCAAGAAGUGUCCUCAGAACCACAAGCUGGCCCUAGUAAUGUAUACUCUCCUCAACCUCUAUCUUCAUAUGAUCCCCAUCAACCUCACCUUGCUCCUCAACCUAUAUCUUCAAGCCAACCUAAUCUAGAUGGUUUGAAUAUGAGCCUAGAAAUGGAUCCAGACACCAAACAAUUGAUACAAUCGCAGGGCAUUACUAUAGCCGAAUACACGCAACAGAGGCGUGCUUUUGCUAAGUAUGAACACCCUGCAAUUCCGAAUAUCUACUCCGGACUUGAUGAAGAAACAGCAAAUGUCAUACAUUCUGAAGAGAUGAGUCCGUCUGAUCUGAGGAGACAACAACAGGCCCUUGAUUACUUUAAUCGAAUGAAAGAAUCUCUUCAUCAAGACCCUGCAGGAAUUUCAAGAAUUGAAUCCCAAAUUCAAGAACCUUAUGCCCUUCUUUCUAAUAAUUCGGUCUUGGGUGUUGACACGAUGGGUUCUUAUCUUGACCCGAAUGAGGAGCUUGACCCCAAUGAUCCAUUCUUUGAAGAACUAGCUGACCUUGUUGAUCCGGUUAAUGAACGGAUUAAGGCCUGCUUCGGACCUGAAAUCGGCUCCACUCUGGCUUCUACUAGUCGAGUUUCAGCUAAGGGAAAAACACUUAUAAUCAAAGGCCCAAAGCCACAAUCUGUCAAAGACACAAAGAGUAAAAUAAGUGAAGGCCAGCCAGUACCAGAGAUCGACAAUUGGCCAUGGAAAAGGAAAAUGACUGAUACAUUGCCAGAGGCAAUUGAGGAUAAACAAUCUAAACGAAGAAAACUCUUAGAGUCUCCACUAGAACACGGUGAAAAUCAGGAGGAAGAAAGGUGUCUGCUACUAUUCAAAGAUGAUGAAAAUGACGAUGAUUAUGAAACAUUAUAUCGUCUUUACUGGUAUACAUUGAAUCAGAGGACUUCCAUUUUUCAGGAAGGAGAUUUCGUUCAAGAUUUUGAAAAUGGUCUUACAAAAUAUAUUAAUGAGUUCCUUGACAGCAAGAUCACAACUGAGCAGUGCAAGAAGAAAGUCAUGGAGUUGCGUAAGAAGUACUUAUAUUUUAUGGAGCUGAAUGGCUAUGAAGAUUUUAACGAAGCUGAUUUCUCUGUGCCGCGUGAGUAUAAAAUGUUUCAAAUGUUUAAAAUUGUUUGGGGAGCUGACCCGGGGCAUGGUGGAUCAUGUUCUGUUGCUGGCCAGGGAGUUAAUGUUGGUAACCCCCUGCAAGGAGCUGUUGAUAAUAUGAAUGUGGAUCAGGGUCAUGUGGCUGAGCCCAUUCCUCCUGCGCUGACAAAUGUUUCAGGUGCAGGUAAAGCCCCCGAACCUGCAAAUGUAAAAUCAGGAGCAGCAGACAAAGAACUUGAGGCUGAUAUGGCACGCGCUGUAUCAAACUCAUUGAAGGAAGUACGAGACCCAAGUGCUGAUCAAAAGGAUGAUAAUAUGGACAUUGACAGCACCAAUCCGGAGCAUUAGGCAAGAGAUGAUUCUAAGCGCUUCCAGGGGAAAGUAUUCUCAAGAAAGUAUAAUACAAAGCCAUGAUAUAAGUGAGCUCAAGGCACAAGUACAACAGGUGGAUGACCAAAUGUUAAUGUGAGAGGCAUAGUAGCAAUUACUGUACAAUGAGAUAUCAUCAGACUUUUUCUUCUUUUGGGUUCACAGAUUGUCUCUGCUCUGUGUUAGAUUUGUGUUUCGAUUCUUUCCAGGACCUUGUAAUGUGCUAUGAUUCUGCUAAGUAAUGUGCUAUGAUUCUGCCAAGUUAUGUUCAGAUUCUCAGAGUUCUUUCU